AUGGCGUACAAGAGCCUGAAGGGCAUCUCUCCGGCGAUGCAGGUCAAAUACUGGGGCGAAGUGAUCCAGAAGGAGCAACACGAGCACAUGAACCACAGCCUCAACACGGGCCCCACGCAGCGGCGCUCGGACGCGCCGCUGGGCAACCCACGAGACUUCUACGCGGGCACCUGGCGGGCACUGGGCCAGCGCUACGAACAAGCCGCCGGCGCACCCUCCGCGCUGGUGACCAUGGCUCGCUCCUACACGAACCAGCCCGCGGCCUCCCAGCAGCCUGGGCAGCGGCCGCCCACUGGCCUCAGCGCGGGCUCCCGGCCGCUCACAGGCGCGAGCGCCCGGUCGCGCGCGUCGGAGCGCUCGCGGGCCGCCUCGGUGUCGUCCUCGCAGCGCCGCGCCAUGGAGGAGGUCUUCCACAACCAGCAGACCCUGCGGCUGCCGCCGCCUUCGCAGGGCGCCGGCCGGCAGGGCCCGUGA